UUCAUGUUUGACGCGCAAUUUCGAAUGUGUGGAUCGACUGAAAUUAUCGAUGAUUGUAUGUUUAAUGGUGAUACUUGACGAAAAAAUUCUAACUUAUAUGCGGUCAACUAGUGUCUCGUGGUGUGACGCUUUCUGGUAAGAUUAUAGUGGCAGGUUUCGCUAUGUCGCAAGUGCUUUGGUCGCAAGAGGCGCAGUGACGACUCGCCCGUGAGCCUGCCGACAUCCUCGACGGCCCUGCGAUGGAGUCGAUCAGAAAAUGGUUCUAUAGGCCUAAGAGGGACGACACGAGUUUACUCGCACAAUUUUUCUAUGCCGACGAAUCUUUGAACGCUGUUGCCUGCGAGUUGGACUCGUUCGACGGCCGCCAGGAACCGGAAAGAUGCACCACGCUGGUCAAUCAACUGCGCCAUUGCCAGGACAAGGUGUUGACGAUAUGCAGCCAGAUAAUGGACGAGCUGAUACCGGAGAGCAGGGCGAACCGGGACUUUAGGGUGAAAUUUCCUGAUGACGUGAUGCAGGAGAAUCUUGCGGGCCAGCUGUGGUUCGGGGCGGAAUGCUUGGCGGCCGGAUCCUCGAUCAUGAACAGGGAGGCUGAAAGUUCAGCCAUGAGGCCGUUGGCGAGGGCUUUGACGAAGUCUUUGGACAUCGUCAGGAAUUUGCUUAGAGAACACGCGCUGAAAGGUCACAUGAACCUGAAGUAUCUUUCUCAAACGCAAAAUCCAUUGGAUCCAUCCCUGGAGAAGUUGAUCGAGUCGCUGAAAAUCUUCGAUCGGUUGUUCGCCGAUUUCGAGCUAUGUUACGUAGGCGUGAUGGUGCCGGUGAAAUCGACGAAGGAGUACGAGCAGCAGGAACUCGUGUGCGUUUUAUUUUCGGAGACGCUGCAAAGAGCUCUCGAACGUGGAUUGCUCAGCCAAGCCGACGUGGAUAAUUACGAGCCAGCUCUGAUGUUUACUAUUCCACGUUUGGCGAUUGUUUCUGGCCUCUUGGCUCCGCCUGGAGGCCCUUUGUGCCUCAAUUCCCCUGACAACAUCAGCGAAGUGUUUAGACCUUUCAGGUCGCUUCUUCUAAAAAUAAGAGAGCUUCUAUGGACGUUGAACAAUCGCGAGCUCUACAUGCUGGAGAAACUGCUUUGCUCGAACGAGGAGCCGUCAGGCCCUAUCACGCAAUCAUCGAAAUCGUCCACGUGCCAGGAUAUCCCCGAUCUGGAGGAAUUUGUUCACAAUUUUUAUACCGGUUACCCGAACUGCAAAGACUUCAUCGUAGAUUUUUACACUGUGACGAAGAAUACAGGGAACAACAUGGAUGAGGUGGCGGACGAUGUGGUUCAAAUAUUAGAAAAGGAGAAUCGGUUGGUGGAGAGGAAUAGCGAUCAGGAGGAGGAGAGCCGCGAAAUGAUCGUGGAAACUGGGCCUAAUCGGUUAAACAUAUCCGUGAACGGGUACGAGGAGACUGUAAGGUGUAAUAGUAGCGCGAGGACAUCCAGUGAACGUGAUAGUGUUGGUGACGAAGUGCAGUAUCAUGUUAAAAAACCUUCUAGUUCAUCGAACACGAAUAGUCGGUUAUCUUGCGAUGAUAAUCCUUGCACGAGAAGAAUAGAAUGUAACGCGGCUCCUGUUUCCAUAGUGAAUUCCGUCACGGAACAAGUCGUUCCGGAGAGCAGUAUUUCGAAUGUAAACGAGAAUAGAUGCGGCGAACAAUUGCACAAACAGCAAGAAGAAUUCAUCACCUCGGACAUCACCGAGAUAUUAGGUAGCUCGGAUAACAUCGAAAUUCCUCAAACUCAGUAUCUACUGAAUCAGGUUUCACACGAGAACAACGUAACUGGUGAGACGGUCCACAUACAAAACUCUUUGCCCGAUUUGGAUUCGAAAAAGCUCAUCUCUGAGGCGAAUAAAACGUUGUCGAAUCUAUUGUUAGAUGGAGAAUGUCAGAACGAAAUUUCUGAGCAGACUGAUUCGGGAAUUUGCACAGUGAUCUCGUCGGAGAAUACCAGUUUAUACGAUAAAAGUCCUGAAGAGAAGAAGACAUUCGCCAAUGAGAUUCAACAGGACGAACAGGGCUUGGGCGACGAAGAUACGCAAGAGAACACUAGCUAUUCUUGUUCUAAUUUGAAUUCACCGAAAAGAAAGAGUUCGAUAUCGGAAAACUCUUGCGUUUGUAGUUUAAGGAGCGUGAAAACGGUUGCAUCAUUGGACCAUUCGAUCGAGGUGCAUAAUCUGCACGCGGCCAACACGGAGGUCGCGAAGAACAUUCCACGAAUAUCGUCGAAUUUUGAUGGUACAAAUGAGGAAUUCGUUGGAGUCGCGUACGGGAAUGGGCAUAUUUCUGUUUGUGACUCAAACCAAUCCAGUUUUCAGAUCAACUAUUCCGAGAAUUGGGAGAACUUGAAUUUAAGUAUCGAUGCGUCUACUUCGAGAAAAGAAUUCUGGAGUGAUUUGAAAUGCGAGAACUGCCCCUCUACGUCGCAGAACAUCGAAAAAAUUGGUACAAAGAUCGAGCAAUACGCUCAGGAUAAGAUCACGACGUCGAGAAAGAUGAAGGACGAGAAACAAAAACGACGGCAUCAACGCAAGCACGAAAGAAAUGGACAAAAACUUCAUCAAGGAAUACAAGAGAGUAGGAUACAAAAUUUCCAAAAUUUACGAUCAUCGGCAAGCACGGAACGUUCCAGAUCAAACUCGACAGAUCGUUGCUUAAAUCCUAGAUUGAUCAGUUAUGGGGCUAGCCUGCAUCCCAGUCAGAACACUAGAAAAAUGCCUAACUUUGGAAGCCAUAGCCCUCACGCCAGUCCAAGAUUACAACACUUUGAAACUCGUAGCACACCUGGAUCCGGACAGAGGAAAUGUAGUAUAAUCUCUAGACCUCAGCGAAAUUUAUCGCCGCAAAAUAGAAAACUUUUAGAUUAUAGACGAUCCAGGUCAGAACAAAUUAUUAGAAUGAAAAGAAGAGACUAUGAUAAAAGGGAUAAAUAUGAAAGAACUAAUCCUAGAUUGGAACAGACUAAGAGGAAAUUGGGAAACAGAAGUCCUAAUGAAUUAAUGAAUGAUGGUUUGGGACCAAGAACGGAUAAAAGCGGUUUGUCGAACGAGCCGAGCUCACCUAUCCUGACGCAACCUGUAUCAUAUGUGCAAAAAGACAAUAACACGCAAAGAGCUACACGAACCGUGAGACUGAUGAACGCAUCUACGGUUCAAGGAACACAGUCGAUCAAUUCGGAUCAUAUGUUGGCUCAUAAACCAGAUGUUGGAUCUAGUUCGAGCUGUUCGAGUUGUUGUGAUUCAAGCUCGGAGACUAGUGAAUUUCAAAGUGAUUGCCAGGAUGACGAGGAAAUAGCAUUGGCAAUGCAAGCUGCUGAGAUUGCAAAUAAUUAUAAGAUUCGAGCAAAAUUUCGAUCGUCUGAGGAUCUUGUCCACCGUUUAUUUGUUUGUAUAGCUGGUGUGGCAGACCAGUUACAGACGAAUUUUGCAUCAGAUCUACGUAAUAUUUUAAAAUGUGUGUUCCUUAUGAAUAGUAGUCAAACUGUGGAAGAUGGUGAAAUGAAGGAUGAAAGUUCAGUAUCUGAAAAUCCUGUAAGUCCGAUAAACGAUACAGCUACCAAUCAUGAUCGACAAGAUUUGUUACAAGAAUAUGAGGAUGAUUUGGAAGAAACUACUACAACUGACCAUAACACAACAUCCUCCAUAACGGAACGUGGCGAGGAAUGUGUAGAAAGAGCACCAGCUUGGAUCCCGGACAAUGAUGCGCCCCGUUGCAUGGCAUGUCAAGCUGGAUUCACGGUGGUAAGACGCAGACAUCAUUGCAGAAAUUGCGGCAAGGUGUUCUGCGGCCGUUGCAGCAGUAAUAACGUUCCCCUCCCUCGUUAUGGGCAUACGAAGCCUGUCAGGGUAUGCAACAGGUGUUUUCUCUAUCAAGUGACGCCGUUUACGGUGUCUUCAGUGACAUCAGCAAGCUGAACUUUAUCUGAAUAAGGAAACACAAGAUUCUUAAAUAAUUAAAGGCGUUAAGGACUCUAUGGAAAUCAAUGAAAAAUGGGAAUAAUAAUCAUAGACUGAAGAUAAAAAAACAACUAAAAUCGUUUAACUGUGCAUUAUAUCAAACAUUUUCCCAGCGAUAAUGAUGAAAUAACAAUUUCUAAAUGUUAAUAUCAAAUAAACGAUUGGAUUAGCGAUAAGCGGGCCGUGAUUAUUUUAAAAUUAUUAUGAUAUUCUACCAAUGAAGCUCUUUCGUUUGGAGAAGAGAUACGUUUGUAUCGAUAUUUAUGGUGGAAGAAAUUAUAGCGAUAAAUGUCGAUGUGAAGAAUUUUGCAGAAAUUCUGAAAAAUUUGCAAAUCAUAAAAUCUUACUUAAGUCCAUAUAUAGAUGUAUAUUAUGAACUUUUUGAAUUCUCACGAGAUAUAAAAGUACUUAGAAUAUUAGUAUAUUAUAUUUGUAUCAUUACUUGUUGAUCAAAUGUAUAACAACCGCAUUUACAUUUCUUCCACUAUGAAUAUACGUGUUUUCCGAAGAAAGGAAAAAAGAAAUUAUUGCUCUACUUCUUCUUUCUUUAAAAAGACAUUGAGUAUAAAUUUACUCGAGUCUAAUGACUGUUGGUGUAAAUAGCGUAAACUUGCAAGCGAGCGUGCAAAAAUAAUGAACCAUAUAACGAUUGUGAAAAAAAGCGUUUCUGUUUUUUACCGGCAUUUGAAGCACACACGCUGGCGAAUCGUGAUAUAAUAUAAAUCGUUUAACAAUGGAUUAAUACGGAAGCUUUAAAGGGCGAUAUUUAAUAGCAUCACACUGGAUGGCCUAUGAUUCGAUGAUUUUUCGAAGCAUAUAAUACAUAUGCAGCGGCAUUACUAGAUUCUGUGCCAAAUUUAUGCGACAAUAAGUUUUCUUCUGAUUCAACGUGAUCCUCUCGUGCAAGUACAAGUUUUAGAAAAUCGACACAGACUAUUGGAAAAAAUGGAAUCGUAAUUGAAUAAAUUAUUCUUACGAUAUCACGAAAAGGAAUUUAUCAGUAAUUUAUUUGUUACAAAUACGAGAAUUAAUGGUUCAGAGACUGUUUCGAUUAAAGACAACCGCCGCUUUUCGAUUGAGGACCGUUUUUGAAUGUGAUUUCGAUUUAAAAGACUGUUUUCGAUUGUAGGCCGUUCCAGAUAUCGUGUAAUAAAUUUAUGAUUCGCCGUAGUUGCUGCUGAGUCGAGCGAUUGUGCUUUUCCUAAUUGCGGAAGGGUUGGGCAAUAUUUUUGGUUGAUUACUAAGAAAUUGAUUUUGAAUUUAUCUAUUUCUUCGAAUGUUAUUAUAGAAUAUGUUUUAAUGGAAUAGUUGAUCAAAUAAUUUUAUGAUAGGCUAUUAAAAAUGAAAAAAUUACAAAAAUAGAAGUGUUUGCUUUUUUGAUUUUGAAAUUUAUUUUGUGUUCAUGUUUUAGGAUAUUUGAUAUUAUAAUUGAACUAUCUUUUAUUUCGUUUUAUAAAAAAAAACGUUAGAUAAGCAUUUUUUAAGGGUAAUGUGAAGAAUUUUAUGUUCUUGUUGUACUAUUUGAUAUGUACUAUUUGACUGAUAUAUUAAUUUCUUAUGACUGAUUUAUAAGUAAUUAAAAUGAAUAUUCGUAGAAACCGUGCCCAACUCUGUGUCGUAUGUCAGUUUUAUUGCGUGACUUUAUUCGAUUUGCGACAACAAAGGUACGAAGACCACGUAUUAUAAUUUACAAUUUCUCGCACAAUUAAUAUAUUUGAAAUUGAUUGAAUUUAAUUAUCUAAAAAUUUAUUUCUUAUUAUCUUGAUUAACGAAAGUAUGAUGUAACCUUAUGUACAAAUUCCUCUGUAACAUUAAUAAUUUGGUAUAUCGAUAAACAAGGGUAGUGUCUUUGUAUGAGACACUUAUAUUAUAGUACAUACAUAAAAAUUCAACAAAAAUGGAGGAAAUUAGAUAUAGAAAAGAUUACAAAUAAUUUGAAUAUAAAAAAUAUUUAAUGUUUUCGUGCAUCUCUUAUUACAUAUC